AUGAUUCCAAAUUGCGUUUUAGGCAUUGAACAAUUUGCAACUGAAAUUGAACUAAUGACUGGAAAACGUCCUGGAAUUAUAUGGAAAACUACAUUUUUGGUCUUAGCUCCAGUUUCUUGUUUGUUCCAUUAUUCCAUUAUGAGAAGUCGUAAACCAAAGACGGCGCGGUCUUCUUUGAAUUUCAGAAUUAACUCCCUGAGGUCGUCCUUUGUUUUGGCCAGUAGCGUUAAAUCUUCAUCAUUGCAAAAAUUAUUAAUGUUCCUGCUUCCAAUUUACUGCAAUUACUCUGAAAAUGUGUACAAGAUGCUCAUUUCAAAACUAUUCUCCUCAUAUGGUAAGGAAUAUACCCAGGAAAUUCGGCAGAAGAUCAUGGGGACAAGUCUGAAUGAUAGCGCUCGUGUUUUUAAUGGUUGGCAUUACUGGCUAGCACAGACAGAAAUUGGCAUUCCUCUGAACGGGGACGAGAUUCGACAAUAUUUGGGCGAACUUGGGUCAGUGCAUUUUAGACAUAUUCCAGGAGUGGAAAGGUUGAUCAGGCACUUGCACAAACACGGAAUUCCCAUGGGGUACGCUACCAGUUCUGGCCUGGAGGAGCAUCAAAUGAAGACAGAGAGCCACCGUGAAUUGUUCUCGCUGUUUAGUCACGGAUUAUGCGUCCCUAAUGACAGCGAAGUGCUGCGUGGAAAGCCCUAUCCCGACUGCUAUCAGGUGUGUGCAAAUCGUUUCAGAAACCCCCCUUCGGAUUGCCUUGUCUUUGAGGAUUCUAUUAACGGAGCAUGGGCGGGUAUACGAGCGGGGAUGCAAGUUGUUUGGAUUCCAGAUCAAGUAGUACAAGACAACCAGCUGGAUAUGCAAGUUAAAUUGAGGAUUGACUCUUUUGAGAACUUCAAGCCUGAAAAGGUUGGUCUCCCUCCUUAUCUUGGCUAA